CGUGACGUCAUUUCCGUCCGGGCCUGGCCGCGGGUCGGGCUCCGUGGGCCGAGGGGGGAACGGAGGUGGCAGCUGUGGGAGGUGCCGGCGCGGGAGAGCGAGGAACCCAAGCCCGGACCAAUCCUGCGUCCCGGGUCGCUAGCCCUGAUUCUGCGGCGCACCGAGGGGCGAGACCGGCCGGAUGGGCCGCUGAGCCCGAAUCGGGGACCGUAUCAGAUCUUUACAGUGUGGAGCCCCCCCGGAGCUAAAAUCAGGAUGUUCCGCUUCAUGAGGGACGCGGAGCCUGAGGAUCCCAUGUUCCUGAUGGACCCCUUUGCUAUUCACCGUCAGCAUAUGAGCCGAAUGUUGUCAGGUGGCUUUGGAUAUAGCCCCUUCCUCAGCAUUACAGAUGGCAACAUGCCAGGGACCAGGCCUGCCAGCCGCAGGAUGCAGACCGGGGCUGUCUCCCCCUUUGGGAUGUUGGGAAUGUCGGGUGGCUUCAUGGACAUGUUUGGGAUGAUGAACGACAUGAUCGGGAACAUGGAGCACAUGACUGCUGGAGGCAACUGCCAGACCUUCUCAUCCUCCACCGUCAUCUCCUACUCCAAUACGGGUGAUGGCGCCCCCAAGGUCUACCAGGAGACGUCAGAGAUGCGCUCGGCACCAGGCGGGAUCCGGGAGACUCGGAGGACCGUUCGGGACUCAGACAGUGGACUAGAGCAGAUGUCCAUUGGGCAUCAUAUCCGAGACCGGGCUCACAUCCUCCAGCGCUCCCGAAACCACCGCACCGGGGACCAGGAGGAGCGGCAGGACUACAUCAACCUGGAUGAAAGUGAGGCCGCAGCAUUUGAUGAUGAGUGGCGGAGGGAGACAUCCCGCUUCCGGCAGCAGCGCCCUCUGGAAUUUCGACGGCAUGAGGCUUCAGGGGGUGGGGGCCGAAGGGCUGAAGGGCCUCCCCGUCUGGCCAUUCAGGGACCUGAGGACUCCCCCUCCCGACAGUCCCGCCGCUAUGACUGGUGAGGGCCCUGGGCCCUCAGCCUCUCUUGUACAGGCUGAGAGGCUCAGAAACCAUCCCCUGAUAGAACCUUUUCCUCUCCAACCCCCACUACCACUUUAAUAUUAAAUUAACAGGCAAGCUGGCCCCCACCUCUCCCCUGGGGACCCCAGGGGGAGCCUUUCACUGCCCCCUUUACCUACAUUUUCCUUCUUUAACCCCCUUACCACAAUGACUCCACCUCUCCUGUAUCCACUAACUUGAUUUUUCAUUUUGCUGCUCCGUCCUUGAACUUCCUCACAUUUCCCAUUCUACCCCUGCCAUAUGUUGAAGGCUUCCGGGGGAGCUCUGGGUUCAGGGGCCUCCUCCAUCCCUCAGCUACCUUGGAUCUUUGCCUACCUCCUCCUCAGAUCCCCUGCUCUGCAGGAGCCAUGGCCCUCAUCCAGGGCUGUGUGUGGAGAGGACUGGCUCUAGACCUUUUCUCCCUCCCCACCCCCUACACAUCGCCCCAUAUUCUUCUCUACCUUUAUUUUUUGAUUUGUGCAACUUGUAACUAGGUGUUUAUGGAAUAAAGGAGAAUGGGAAAAAAACA